CAGCCAAUCACAGCGCUCCAUCUGUAACCAUGGCGGCCUGCAGCGGGAGGCUGCUGCUGCUCUGCGCUCUGCUGCUCUGCGCCGAGAGCAAGAAGAAGAAGGACGUCCGGGACUAUGACGACGCAGACAUGGCCCGGCUGCUGGAGCAGUGGGAGGAGGGCGAUGACAUCGAGGAAGGAGACCUCCCGGAGCACAAGCGCUCUCCUCCCCCCAUCGACUUCGCCAAGAUUGACCCCUCCAAGCCGGAAGAGCUGCUCAAGAUGUCCAAGAAGGGCAAGACUCUGAUGGUGUUCGCCACGGUGGCUGGAGACCCCACCGAGAAAGAGACGGAGGAGGUCACAGGCCUGUGGCAGGGCAGCCUCUUCAACGCCAACUUUGACAUUCAGAGGUUCGUGGUGGGCUCCAACAGGGUGAUCUUCAUGCUGCGGGACGGCAGCGUGGCCUGGGAGGUCAAAGACUUCCUCGUGAGCCAGGAGCGCUGCGAGGACGUCACCGUGGAGGGGCAGGUGUUCCCCGGGAAGGCUGCCGACAAGGAUGACGCCAAAUACAAGCAGCAGAAAGAAGUCAACGCCAACAAGAAGAGCAAGAAGAAGAAGAAGAAGACUGAGACCAAGAAGCCCGACUUGGAGGGGAACCGUGCCGAGCAUCUGAAACUGGAGCUGUGAUGGGGAGGGAGAAACCCCCCCCGAGGGAGAGGCUCGGGUCUCUUUUGUGGCCUUAGACAUGGCGUCUUCUGACAAACCCGUCUGUUAGCGGUGAACUCUUUGGGGGCUGCAGCGCCACCAUGUGCAGCUGCAGUUGUGCGAUGGAACUGAAACGUCCUGGUGAGACUCUGUCCUCCACCUCCACCUCUUCCUCAUUGGAACGCGCGACGGUGACAGUACACCUUGAAAAAUCAGUAAUCGCCACGCUCUUUCAAAUCUGUCGCAAAUCAAUGCUGACUGGUUUCUUUCCCGUUUGAUUAUCACCGAGUGGAAGCCGAGACUUUCACACGUAGCUUGAAAGGUACUCCGUUUAAGAGCCAUUCUUCAGACCUUCGGUUUUACCUCGUCUUUGUUCUCACAUCCAGAAUCAUUUCAAAUUCGAUUUAAAAAAAAAAAAAGAAAAAGUACCACCCACAUUUUUCUGUUCGAUUUUCUUUUUCACUGAAUAUGAAAAUAAAUAGUUUUUCAUACAAUCAUCGAAGACGUCGUUUGAAUCAAAUGUGUUUGCACAGGCAUUGACCUGACUGUAGUGUCCGUGGGACGCACUGCAUGCAGGGUAAGUCACCUGUACCACGUGUAUUUGAAUGUGGAACCAAAUGUAUUGUUGAUCUAUAGGUGUGAUUUUUGAGGUGCCGACUUUGUCUUUAGGAGAUCUAUGCAUCCAAGAACAUUUCCAUUAAUGAUGUGGACGCAUCAUCACAGGAGGGGGGCUCAACGCACAGUUGAGUUUAAAUAAAAUAACUCGGGAAGGCAACUUAAAACUGAAAGUAAUUUAGUUGAAUAAAAAAAAUAGUUAACUGAUAAUUUAGUCAUAAAUAAACUAUAAUAUACAUAUGUGAAUAAGAGUUUAAACUAACAGAUCCACGUGUGUUAGAGUAAUAUGCUAUAGCAUACCUUAUUCUGAUUAAUAACUGAUUGACUUUGAUUCAUUUAUUGCUUUAUGUUAAGUUUCUUUCAGUCACUUUUGAAAGUGCUAAUGUACUUAUUUCAAAGAGAUCUAAUGUGGAUGACUCUUAUUUUGGUUGUUAUCCCCGGAAAGGGUGAAU